GGCUUUCAUUUUACAGCCCGAAUCGAUGUUCUUUCAUGGCGGGGCGAGAAUUGGAGAGAGAGGCGGACGGAGGAAGAACGUCCAUGGCGGAGAAGGAGAAUCCUCAAGAACCGAACGAGGAUUGCGCUUUCGCUUGGGACGAGGCGUCGCAGCUGUACUUUCACGCCAGAACCGGAUUUUAUCAUGACCCUGAUGCGGGCUGGUACUAUAGCAGUAAAGACGGGCUUUAUUACAAAUUUGAGGAUGGAAAUUACGUACCUUUAAAGCAUGAAGCGGUAGAUGUUGAUGAACGUGAUGGAGGAGGUAUCAAUGAAAUUUUCCCGCAAGAUGAAUCACACUCACGCAAAGGUUGUGAUGGAGAGGGUAAUCCCUCCUUGAUCGAGGGAGUUGAAGUUGAAGGUUGCCACCGAGAGGAAACUGUAGUCAAUGAGGCCACUCCAGCCUCUGCAAAGAGAGAAGUGGAUUCCGUGGGGGAUAGGUCUGCAGAAUUGCAGGGGGAGUGCUCCUUUAUUUGGGAUGAGACAUCGCAGCUGUACUUUGAUGCCAGAAGUGGGUUUUAUCAUGACCCCAAUACUGGCUGGUACUACAGCAGUAGAGAUGGUAUAUAUUACAAAUUUCAAAAUGGAAAUUAUGUGCCCUUGAAAUCCGACCUGGUUGAUAAAGGUGAUGUGGGAGGUACUUGCAUAAAUUCCCUUCAAAAUGAAUCUCAUUCACAUACAUGUCAUGGGAGGACCAACAAUUACUCCUCUAUCUUGAGACACGAAUCUGAAGCUUGCCAACAAGAGGACACAAUAGCUGAUGAGGCCAGUUCAGACAAUGAGGGUACUGUCCAUCAUGCUUCUGAAGAUCCACAGCCACCAUCAGAAUGGUUGGAGGAUACACUGAUUGAACUUUAUUUGGCUGGCUAUUCCAAUCCGGCAAUUGAUGCUGGUGGUGAAUCUGGUGAUGCGAUGACACCACCUGAAGCUUGUGAUGGGAAUGAUUUUAGAUUGUCGUCACCUGAAACUAACGAUGCUUACGAGCUAGAAGAAGGAGAGUGGAUACCAGAAGACCUCCCUAAUCCAUCUGUUUCAAAUGAAGACGCUUUAAAUCAAGUUCUCUUGCAAGAUGAGGAAAAAUGGCAAGCUCAAUAUGGUCAAGUCAUUCAAUCAAGAGAAGAGCCUGCGCUGGAGUUCCCAGUUGUGGAUUUGUGGGACUGGGCAGUGGUAACAGGGUCAGGAAAGGAUGGAAAAAGUCAAGUGGUUAGGCUAAUCGGCCGGCUCGUCAAACGAUCUGCUAAACUCCACCCAUCUAUGCCUGCCGGUGGCGGUUUUCUUAAAACUGCUCCAAUAUGUCAAGUGCGCUUUGACCUGGUACGAGUUAGAACAGGAAAAAUAUAUAAGCUGCGGAGUCCCAGCGCGAGCUACUUAGCUUCAGUGACUUCUUAUGAUUCUUCAAAUCCAACGAAAGAUUGGGGGUUUCCCGAGUUAGUAGCCGGAGGAGAACCUGUCAGCCUUUCAAAAUCCACUAAGAGUAGUGAAUCAAAAAGAGUAGCAGAUAUGGAACCAGAUGAACUUUUGGCAUCGCAGAAGUGCCAGCAUAUAGGACCUGGAUACAAGGAUAGAGCUGCUGCUAGAAGAAUGCUGCAUCAUGGCUAUGGUGUGGGGCCUGGACAAAAGAAUUUGCCGUCUUGUGGUGAUGAUGUAGGAUCUUCCGGAACUUCUGUCUCUACAGAAGAAGCCGCAGCUGAAGCCCUCAACAUGUCUUUUGGAGCUGGUAGUUUUGCCAGAAAAGUCCUUGAAAGCAUGGGCUGGAAGGAGGGUGAGGGUCUAGGGCGGACUGUGAAGGGAUCGGUUGAACCAGUUCAGGCAGUUGGGAAUGUUGGCAGUGCUGGCUUGGGCUGGCCUCAAAGCAGAACAAAGCAUCAGUGAGACAACUGGCAAUUACCCUUUGAAAAGAUAAUGUUGAUGUACAUCUGCUUACAAAUGCAGAGAUGGUCUUAUGAAGGCAGGUGGAUAUUGCUUUGUUGAGAUUAUUGGCAAUAAAUGUAUAUAUCGACAAAGUUUGCCAUUUUUGUCUUACAUGUAAGUUGACGCUGAUUGAAUUGAAAUGGCUCUUGUGCAGAAUGAAUCACAGUUUUGCCCCUCACAUCUUUUGUGAAUACCACUUCUAUCUGUAUUUGAAGGAAAUGACUUCUCACUAUGAUUUUUGUUUCCUGUGAUGGAGGGUAGACAUAUCUAGACUAGAGGAAUGUAUAACUUUAAGUACAUACAGGGCUGCCACUGGCCAGGAAGAGUUUGGUAGGUCUAUAUUAUCACGUCUAACAUUAUCCUUUUAAUUAUAAGGGAAUAUGCAUUGAUAAUUCAUAAAUUUAAUGUGAUGAUUGUCUUGGUUCUCAA